AUGCUUAUAAAUCCAUAUAUACCCAGUAAAAAAAAUAAAAAAAAAAGGUCACCAAAUAAUACCACUACAACAAAUUCUCUUUUAACUUCAACACCAACUUCAAGUAAAUUGACAAUUCAACCAGAAGAAAAUGAAAGAGAUUUACAAAUAAAAAAAACUUAUGAAAACUUUUAUACAGAAUUUCCAACAUUAAAAGAAAUUUAUCGUAAUAAUAAUAAUAAUACCAAAAAUAAUAAUAAUAACAAUUGUAAUAAUAUAACAACAACUACAACUACAAAUACAAAUACAAAUACAAAUACUACAACAACUACAACAACUACAACUACAAAUAUAAUAAAUAAUAAUAAUAAUAAUUUUAUAAAUAAUGAUAAAUAUUUUAAAAAGAAUUUAGAAGGUAUUAAAUCAAAGAUAAAUAAAAAUUUUAAAGAAAUUUGUGAAAAGAAAUUUUGUAAUUGUGAUAGUAAAUUUAUUGCAUGUUAUUGUGAAACUGCAAAGUUAAGAGCAAGACAAUCACCAGAAUCACAACGUGAAAUGGAAAAGUUGGCAGAGUUUAAAGAGAGUUUCAAAGAUCCUGCUACCAAUUGGAAGAAAAGAGAUAUUCUAUACUAUUGUUUCAUUCAAAGAGAUAACGAAGUGCCUUUGAUUUGGGAGUUUAUUGAAAACAUUUGUUUAUACUAUCGAUUGUCCUAUGGCGCAAUGUUGGAUAUCGGCUGCGGUUUGGGAAGAAUGUUUUCCGAAUACGACCGGUCGAAAUUUGAAAUCAUUGAAGCGUUCGAGCCUGACGAAGAUUAUUAUAACUUUGCAUACGACUAUUCAAAAAAUACUUGCGACCGUGUCGAUGUCUAUAGAGUUGGUUUCUUGGAUAUGAACAUAACCGAACGUUAUGAUAUGAUCAUUAGUAUUCAUGGCCCAUUACAAUACCUAAACAAAUUGGAUGACAGAAUUAUGGCCAUGAAAAAACUUUAUGAUGCUUGUAAACCUGGUGGCAUCGUAUUGAUUGAUAUCUCAAAUUUCAUGUGUGGUCUUUCAAAUAUAAUGAAUAGUAAACAACAGAAAAUGUUAAUCAAUGGUAGUCAAGUAGUUAGAACUAGUACUGUUCACACCGAUACUUUCAAUGGUCUUUGGUGUGUUGAUGAUAUCUUUUAUUCCAUUGGCAAUGAAUCCUCUUUUUAUGGUGGUGGUACAAAUACAAAUGGCGGUGGUGGUAACGCCAAUCAAACCAAAAUACAAUUGGAAGAUGAUAGUGUUCACUAUAGUAAUGGUCAUUUAAUGGUCGAAGAAUUAACUUUUGCAAUCAUUUCAAAAUCAGAACUUCAACUACUCUUCAUUUCUUCUGGUUUUAUCAAUAUAAAAUCAAGCUCUUAUUGGAAUUUUGAUUCAUUCUUGGAAGAUGGUGGAAAAACUAAUCAACAAGGUGCUCGUAUUAUUAUGGUUGGUCAAAAACCACUUUCAUAA